UCUCUUGGAAUGCGUGUUGGCUGCCUGCGGACUGACACAGUUAUACAACAUAUCAGGGAGGAAACGGACGAUAUCAGUCAUGGCCCAUCGGUUGUUUGAAGGGAAGGAGCAUGCCGCCUCCUAUUUGAAGUACAGAAUUUCUCCAUCCACUGAACUUAUUGGGCAGAUUAUUAACUUUGUGGAAAAACAGAAAAGCAGACCCUUGGAGCUGGCCCUGGAUGUGGGCUGUGGGUCCGGUCAGGGCACUGUGCUGCUGUCCAAGCAUUGCAACUCUUUGGUGGGGAUAGAUGUGAGUCCUUCUCAGCUGCAGAUGGCCCUGCAAUAUUCUCGAGAGCCGAACAUCACGUACAAAGAGUGUGUGGCUGAAGAGUUGCCGUUUGCCGACAGCUCGCUGGACUUGGUCACAUCCAUGUCAGCCUUCCACUGGUUUGACAGGCAACGUUUCCUCCAGGAGGCUGACAGAGUCCUGAAGCCGCUCGGGUGUCUGGCUUUGCUCAGCUAUACACUGGACAUGGAAAUAAGUUACCAAGAUUGCUGCACAGAAACACUCAAUCAAGUUUGUAAAGAGUUUUACGCAGCUUUGCGGCCAUAUCGAAAUUCCUACCUGGGCGAAAGAUCCGUAGACCUUUACCGAGCGGCCUAUGAAUCCCUGCCUUAUCCUGAGAAAGAAUGGCAGGAGAGUUUCUGGGUGAGAAGGCCUAUGCCCCUGUCUGGCUACAUGGGAUUUGCAGAGAGUUUCUCCAGCUACCAGGCUCUGCUGAGAGAAGACCCAGUGAGGGCAAAGUCACUGUCCCAGGACAUCUGUCAAAGGUUGAUGUCCAUUAUGAAGGUGGAGUCUCCUGAAACCGAAGUGUUGGUCAGCGUAGAGUAUUUCUACCUGCUUGCCCGCAAACCUCAACAGGACUACGAAGACAUGGCCGUGCCUGCGGUGACCCUGCUGCUGGUGGCGCUCAUCUCCACAAACGCCCAUGCUGAAAUCAUCCUGAGAGCAGGGGAAUAUCAUACAUUUAUCCAGAACUACAAGUCCAACUGCGUGAUUGUAAAGCAGCCCGUGCGGCCUAUGGUGAGCACCACGUGUGGUGCUCGGAUACAAGACGCUUUCACCGCAUGGCGAACCUCACUUUCCACCUCCAAACCAGAGUGGGCCUUGCAGUAUCGGAACCCGGACUCAGAAAAUCUGGGAUUGGCUUUAAUAGAUGAUGAAGCCGCUGCAGCACAGAAACUCCAGCUUGUGAAGAACAACUCCUCUCUUCGCCUAAAAGUCAACAGAUCUUCCUACGGCAUCAUCUUUUACUGCCUGCAGAAGAGCGUUCAACGGUGUGCCUUACUGCGACAGUUCUACAUCCAUUUGCCCGCUGAGUUGAUUCACCGCUCGGUGGGGGAGAGUCUGGAGCUGAGCUGUUCCGGCUGCAGUGGACAGCAGCAACACAUGUGGAGGAUGGACAAUCCAGGGACGGCUGGUCAGAGUCACAACAACACACUGAUGUUUCCGUCGCUGACGUCAAACCACUCGGGUCUUUAUGUCUGUAAACAAGGUCAUGUCUAUCUUAAGCACGUCUACCUGUACGUGUGUCCCGAGGCGGAGCCGCCUGCUGCCGCCUUCUUCACUAGGGGGGGAAACAUGACUCUCCAAUGUGGCGACUGGACACAGCCUGGUUUGGCUUACUGGUUCAUGAGGUCCAGCAGAACCGUAGGAAGAGUCUCACGCGUACGCAAUGAUCAACAACACUUAAUGUGUCUACCUGACACCACCCUGGUGAUGACGAACGUCUCUGUGGAAGACAGUGGAGAGUUCCGGUGUGUGAUCAUGAGAAACCGUCGCUGCGUGUUCACGUCCAAGAUGCUUGUGAUGAUCAGAGAGCCAGAGGUUGAUCAUCAUCUGGUGAGGUCUGCACUCUGCCUCGUUGUGAUCAUUAUGAUGAUGUCUGUUACCGUGGCGAUGAUCUGGAGGAGCAGGCACACUUGUGAAACAACAUCAGUCCAGACAGAAGACGUUGAAGGGCAGACACACCAGGAGCAGUCAGCGAUGGCUAACCGGCUGUUUGAAGGGAAGGAACAGGCUGCAACCUACUGGAAGUACCGACUUUCUCCAUCAGAGUUGAUCGAACAUGCCAUCAAGUUCCUGGAAAAGCAGAAAAGUCGGCCGUUCGAGCUGGCUGUGGAUACGGGCUGUGGAUCUGGUCAGGCCACGGUGGUCCUGGCCAAACACUUUGCCUCUGUGAUCGGGACAGAUGUGAGUCCCGCACAGCUGGAUAAGGCAGUGCAACAUUCACUGAUGCCAAACAUCACGUAUAAAGAGUGUGUUGCGGAGAAAUUGCCGGUUGCAGACAUCUCAGUGGACCUGGUGACAGCAGUUUCCGCCUUUCAUUGGUUUGACGGACCUUGCUUUCUUCAGGAAGUGGACCGGGUCCUGAAGCCUGGCGGAUGCCUGGCCAUGUUCAACUUCACUGGUGACAUGGAGCUUAGCUACCCAGACUGUUGCCUGGAAUCACUACAGCAAGUCUGUGAUGAGUUUCACGGAGCCUUGCGCCCCUACUGGAGUCCUCUGCUCAUCAAUAACGUACAGAGGUACUUGGAGGUGUAUAAGUCCAUACCUUACACAGAGAAAGAGUGGCACGAGGGUGUCAGAGUGAAAAGGUCCGUUCCUCUGUCCAGCUACAUUGGAUUGGUGGAGAGUUUCUCCAGCUACGAGGCUCUGCGGAGAGAAGACCCUCAGAGGGCAGCAUCUCUAUCCCAGGACAUCUGUCAAAGGCUGAUGUCCAUCAUGAAAGUGACGUCUGCAGAGACAGAGGUGCUGUUAACAGUGAAGUAUUACUACAUGUUGGCCAGCAAACCUCAGCCCUGACUUCAUUGAUCUUGAAUAAAGUUUGUUCA